AAGUAUAAAGUGCAGAAAAGUCUAAAGUAUAGAGUGCAGCAAGGUUUAAAGUAUAACAUUCAGGAAAGUUUAAAGUAUUCCCCAGGAUCCAACGGACGGCCCGCAGGAUCACAGCUGCAGCGAUGUCGCUAGCCAUCAAAAGCGUGCAGGAGACGUGCUUGUCAGAUGAGGAAGGAGAUAAACCAAGAGUUGACUGUUGUAGUUAAAAAAAGAUGUAAGAAAAUUACCAACUGUAAGGAGGAAACCACACGCACACACACACACACACACACACGAAGCACAGUGUGUUGGAGUGAUAACAGACGUCAGUUGCGUUUCAACGUUUCAAACUGACCACCAUGUUGUUGACACGUCACUUGAAGGUGUGCGUUCCAGAAGGCCAACACUGCGCGGAACUUGACGCCACGUUCUGGGCCCCUUUCAAAAUAAGAGGUGCAAUGUUGGCAUGCAGACUGAAGGGAGAGGAGGAGGAGGCGAGUGCACCUUGAAGGAUUAGUUGGUGAGUGAGGAGAAAAGUCGCUCCAUUCAUCUCUGGCUCGGACCCCGCCCUGCCCCCCAGCGGCCGCUGACAAUGCCAGACCCCCACCUCCAACACACACAUUAGCACACAUUAACGCGCCCGUAACCCCCCCGCCCCCCUGCCCUGAGGAGCAGGGGCCGUGGGGGCGGGGGUGUACGUGGGCGGCUCCCCCGACUAUUUAAGCAGAUUCCAGCAGAUGGUCGUGGAACUUUCCUCCUGGAGACGCCACGCACUCGAUCCACCGGGACUGACCCGCCGCCAGAGACAAGUCCUGGGACCCACUUUGGAGGAAGAACCUUCCGGCGUGCAACCAUGCCUUCGGACUUCCUGACGCCUUUCCUGGAGUUGGACCAGGAGUUUGUCAAGAGCUUUGGCGUGGACUUGAUGGAGGCGGCGGCCGGCCUCCAGCCGGCACGCGGCUUCCAGCGCCGUCAUUCCCUGUGCCCCGUGACGCUCCCCAACUCCAAGUUCAACGACGGGGAGUCGCCCCGCUGGGGGUGGGGGCCGGACGACGGGCCCCAGUGGAAGCGGGACGGCCAGCUGCCUCGCUCGGCGCUCAGCCACAUCCCCUUCCGGAUGGACCGCUCGGUCAGCAUGAUCGAGGGCGCCUUCGCCGAGGUGCCACCGCUUCCGCCCCCGCCGGGCCUCCGCCUGCUCACGCCCCCUCUGUCGCCGCCGUCGCCGCACAUGUCCACGCGCUACAAGACGGAGCUGUGCCGCACCUUCGAGGAGAGCGGCACGUGCAAGUACGGCGCCAAGUGUCAGUUUGCGCACGGCGAGGACGAGCUGCGCGGCCUGAGCCGCCAUCCCAAAUACAAGACGGAGCCGUGUCGCACCUUCCACACCAUCGGCUUCUGCCCCUACGGCGCCCGCUGCCACUUCAUCCACAACGCCGACGAGAUGCUGCAGGCCCCGCCCCCCCAGAGGAGCAAGCUGAGGCCGCCUCCCCUGCGCCACAGCCUCAGCUUCGCCGGUUUCUCCUCCUCGUCGCCCGCCCGCGCCUUCCGGCCCGUCGACAGCUCGCGGACCUCGUCGCUGCUCUUCGGCCGCUCCUCCUCCGUGUCGCCGUCGCCUUGCUCCUCGGAGAGCCCGGACCUGUCCCCACUCUUCCCCGAGGUGGGGCAACUGCGUCCGUGCCCCCGCCACUUUGCCGCCACCAAUCAAGACAGCGACUCGGCUCUCGGCUUCUUUGCCGCCGCCGCCGCCGAGUCCCCCGCCCUCGCCUACCAGACCCCCGGCCGGGCGUCCCUGCUCGGCCUCCAGCGCUGCUCCUCGGCCGACUCGCUCUCCGAGGAGGGCUACGCCUCCUCCUGCUCCCUAAGCUCCGCCUCCAGCGGCACAGAGUCGCCAGGCUGCGAGGGGCGCCGCCUGCCCAUCUUCAGCCGCCUGUCUAUCACUGACGAAUAGGAAUGUGGGGGGGCUCUGACUCCGAACGUUCUGCCUUUGGGUCACAUGACUUCUGUGUGACGGCGCCAAGCGAACGGACCUACGUUUUGUGCAUAUUGCAUCACGUCCUGGCGGCUGUAGCGCUGCUUGUGUCGUUGUUUCACGCUUACCGCUGUAUACUGUUGUAUACUCACGUGGGGAGGCGGGGCGGUCCCGCCCACCUGGGGGUUCUGUAGAACUUCCUGCUCUCUGCUUUAAGACAAAAGUUUUCUUUAGCUAGCACACACCUAGCCAGUUUUGCUAACAUUAACCUAGCUAUUUUACGUUAGCGUCUAGACUUUUCCACACAUAUUUAUUUGCCUUUGUGCCUAGCACAUACUUGCCAACCUUGAGACC